UGAUAUUAAUGUAAAGAAUUGAAAUAUUGAAUAAGAUUUAUUAAAAAAAAAAAAUCCUAAAACACUGCUUACUAAAGCUAGUAGAAGGUGCAUAUUUUGAAUAUAUUUCUUGGGAAAAUAUAUUGCACAGAAUGAUAGAUACUUUAUUAAUCCCAAGGGGAAAUUCACAUACUCCAGCAGCAGCAUACUGAUAAAAAAAUUAUGACUUCUUUAAUUGGAAUUAGUCAUCUUUCAUUAAAGACUGGUGGUAAAGUAUGUAGUUAAAAACAAUAGUGCCAUAGAGGUGUAGAUCACCGGUUUCUGCACACUUUGAGAUUAUUGAUAAUAAAAAGCUGUAUUAAGUAAUAUAUACGUAUCUGUUUAAUACUUAAAAGCAUUAUUCAAGCUAGUGUACUUUUUUUUUUUUACCCCGUAGUUUUAUUGCUCUUUAUCUACUAUAGUGAAGUCGUAUCCUGACAGUUUCUAAAUGCAGAACAUUUCUUAUUACAUCCAUAUUUGUUCUUUAUUAAGAAUCACAUUUGUGUCUUAUUUAAUUUCAAUCAUUUUUAUAACUGGUUGGCAAGUUGUCUAACUAAACUUACUUAAUCAGGUGAUCCUGUAAAAUCAUAGAUAUGCUUGCUUUCCGGAAUUUUAUCGAAAAUGCAUUCCUUCUUUUAGCUUUAUCAAACCGUGUUUUAAGUUUCACUCAAUAUUUUAAUUCUUUGUUCAACUCCUAACUCCCACUCCAAAGUUACCAAAACAUUGCAUGACAGGUGACAAAGAUGCUGUUGAAACAAAAUGUAUACAGCUAUCAAUUGCUAGAACCCUAAUUUUGCAUCAGAGGGCCAAGGUGACCCAGAGCCUCUCACUGUUGUGACUGAGGACAAGACUGAGACGAGCCCUGAAUCGUAAUCAGACCAUCAAUGUUAACAAUAACCUUAGUGAAAACUUUGUGAUGUAUAUAACUCCACUCCACCAGUUAUAAGUAAAGCAAAAAUUAAUGAGUAGUUCUCAUUGCAGAUUAAGAAAUUUUUCUAGAUGAAAACGCAUCAACCAAUUCCCCUAAACUAUGCUGUCAAUGUUUUAAAUGUUAGUAAUACAUUAAAAAAGAACGUUUCACCCUUUGUAGUUGUGAAGAAGUAGUCACGUUUUUCAUGUUACUUUUUAGAGUUAUAUGCUGGAUUUCUUCUCCAACCCCAUACAGGAAGAUUGGUGGAUUUUGGAUUGGGCUUGUAAUGGGAUGUCAGUAGAACAGUUAAUCAUUAUGCUGAUAGGAUUUGAGUCCUUAGUAUAAAAAAUCAGUACUGUGUCUUUAAGACGUCUUUGUCUGGCGAGUACCUUAUUUACCCUUUCGAUCCAACCUAACUUGUUCUUUUACGCUACGUAAGUGGCGUAACUAAACUGGUUAGUGUGAUAGGCGCAUUGCGCAGAUAUUGGUGAAUUUCCUUCCUCUGUUAUGAAUGUGGUGUCUGGACGCAUGGAUACGUGGUUAGCGUAGCUGCCCCCCAAUAUAGGGGGUGCUGCUCGGCGAACCGGCGCGCAGGCAGAUGCGAGAAUCUCCAUCACUUCUCCAGCUUUCAGGGAUGCUAAAGUGACGGACAGCUUCACCAAUAGACAGGCUAAUCUGGUCAACACCGGCUGACCUCGAGACCAAUCGGCGCGUCGCGCGGAGGCGGGUUCUUUGCGGUUCGGUUGUCUCGCGGUCGGUGACAGCUUUCGCGUGCUGAUGAUGGCGGUAAAUAAAAGCCUUGAGAUAAAAAACACGCUUUUUUCCUUUUAAAAAUUAAGCAAAAGUGCCUAUUGUACAAACUGUCGCGGCCAUCAAGAUUAAGGGGAAACGCAAGACACCGAAUCGCGCUUGCCUUUAUAACACGAGUUUACAGCCAGUAAAAGUUUGUGGCGGUUUUUGUGCAUGUUUUUGUUUUUCGCCCCCACCGUUUUUCAAGAGUCGGAGAUUUUUUAUUUUUUUGCAAUCUACUAUCUUUAUGGUGUAUUUUACAAAGUUUAUCCAGAAGAAUAACCGACCCUGUGGAUUGAGUGUGCGCUCAAUUUGGCGCUUUUAAAUCUCAGCGACUGUCUGCUAUUCUGUUCCUUCUUCGGCCGGCUGUUGGAUUAAAGUUACGCUGGCGGUUCUCGCGGAGUUUCCUUCAGUCACACUCUUUGUUCUGCAGAUUUUACUAAUAUACUGGCUGCAACUGGGGAUUGGGCACCGAAGGCGCCAGGGGGCUUGCAACCAAUCACAAACAGCCAUAGCUGUUUAUAAAGACUGAAUUGCCUGUGAAGCAUGAAGACACCUGCACAUCAAUAUGUCUGAGAUGUUAAUAUUCCAGUCCACAUCCUUAGUGAGUACUAGGAUGAACUUUUAUACUGGGAGAUGGUCACAUUCCUGAUUGAGCGCAUGUCUUUGCUGAGUGAUGGAUCGGUGUAAACACGUGGGACGCUUGCGUCUAGCCCAGGACCACUCUAUUCUAAACCCCCAGAAGUGGCACUGCAUAGACUGCCAAACCACAGAGUCUGUGUGGGCUUGUCUGAAGUGUUCCCAUGUGGCAUGUGGGCGUUACAUAGAGGAGCAUGCUCUUAAACAUUUUCAAGAAUCGCGGCACCCACUGGCCAUGGAAGUGCAUGAACUCAAUGUGUUUUGCUAUCUUUGUGAUGACUAUGUACUGAAUGACAAUGCUGAAGGAGACUUGAAACUUCUACGGGGAGCACUUAGUACUGUGUGUAGCAAAGAAUGUGAUCCAUCUCAACCAGUUCGUCGCAGCCUCCGUUCUUUGGCCUCCAUUGAUAACUCCUCUCAUCAACAAAAGGAGACAGGCGGACAGGCUGCUAUGCAGACAGCAUUGUGGCAUCGGCGUCAGGCUCUACUUAGUAAGGCAAUGAGGGCCUGGUUCCUGAAAAGCUCAAGGGGAAGACAAAGAUUUGAGGAAGAGCAAAGAAAGAAAGAAAUUGAGAAGAAGAAAGAAGAGAUGCGUCAGCGAAGGCAAGAGGUUAAGCGACGACUGUUAGAGGAACUGGCAAGUUCACCUCCAAGGAAAAGUGCCCGCCUCCUUACCCAAGCACCAAGAGCACCUAUCAUUAUUCCCUCUAAGUUUCGGGAGCCUGCAAAUCGAACUCCCCUAUUGGUAAGCUCAGUGUCUCGUAGAUCACUUGGAAAUGCUAGUAAGCUGAGACAAUAUUAUUCCACACCUAAACGGCAAAUAACUCCUGGAGUUACAGGGCUUAGGAACCUGGGAAAUACGUGUUACAUGAACUCAAUCUUGCAAGUGCUGAGUCACUUGCAGAAGUUUCGGGAGUGCUUCCUCACACUAGAUCUCAGUGAGACGGAAGAACUUCUUGCCAAGACCUCUGGAAUAAACAAGUCUCGUGUCUCCGGGAAAAUAUUGAAUGGUACCUCUAACUCCAAUGGGGGUUCAGGUCGACAUGAAAGACUAGCCAGCCUCACAGGCAGCAAACAGGGCCUGCACCCAAAAAUAAAUGCUGCUGAGUUGGUGCAGCCAAAGGAGCUGCGCUCAUCCCGGCAGAUGUCUCUCUGCCAUGAGCUGCACACAUUGUUUCGAGUGAUGUGGUCAGGCCGCUGGGCUUUAGUGUCUCCCUUUGCCAUGUUGCAUUCUGUAUGGAAUCUCAUUCCAUCCUUCCGUGGCUAUGACCAGCAGGAUGCCCAGGAGUUUCUGUGUGAACUACUGGACAAGGUGCAGCAGGAGCUGGAAUCUGAGGGAACAAAGCGCAAGAUUGUUAUUCCUUUCUCACAGAGGAAACUCACCAAGCAAGUCUUGAAAGUUGUCAACACCAUUUUCCAUGGGCAGCUGCUCAGCCAGGUGACCUGUGUGACUUGCAACUACAAGUCAAACACAGUGGAACCAUUUUGGGACCUUUCUCUUGAGUUCCCAGAGCGCUACCACUGCGUGGAGAAAGGUGCUUCUGCCAUGGCCUUUCACGAUGACUGCACACUGACAGAGAUGCUGGCAAAGUUUACUGAAACUGAAGACCUUGAAGGAAGAAUCUACGCUUGUGAUUGUUGCAACAGUAAAAGGAGAAAGUCAUCCCCAAAGCCUUUGGUUCUUACAGAAGCAUGCAAACAGUUACUGAUCUUUAGACUACCUCAGGUCUUGCGGCUUCACCUCAAAAGAUUCAGGUGGUCUGGUCGUAAUCACAGAGAGAAGAUUGGUGUACAUGUGAAUUUUGACCAGGUUUUGAAUAUGGAGCCUUACUGCUGCAGGGACUCGCUCUCCUCAAUCCACAAGGAGAGUUUUACCUACGACCUAUCUGCUGUUGUCAUGCAUCACGGCAAGGGUUUUGGCUCAGGACACUACACUGCGUACUGCUACAACACUGAGGGGGGUUUCUGGGUCCAUUGUAAUGACUCCAAGAUGAGCGUGUGCAGCGUGGAAGAAGUGUGCAACACUCAGGCUUACAUUCUCUUCUACACUCAGCGAUGCACACCAACCAGCGUAGCUUGAGCUGAGAACCAACUCAUAAAACUCAGGGCUGUGACAUCACUGCAACAGGAACUCCUCUUACCAUGCACCUCAAAAUGGCUAACCACAGUAUGUGAAUUGGACAUGUCAUGCAACAGGUUUUCAUGGGAGGGUGGAAAAUGAGGGAAGGGGACAAAAAGGAAUGAAAGCACAGGCACAGGUGGCCUGGAGAAGAAGAACUACACUGAAGGCGGACUGACGCUAAGGAAGGAGGUGGGAGCCUGAUAUGGUGCACUAGAUUGAGAAGAGACUUGUGUAGCAGACAUAAGAAGCUGCUUGAGAGAGUGGAGGAAGCUUAGCAACAGAUUUGGAUUUUUCAUUAUUCUUCAUCUUCUUGAGAGGUGAACCCAGACCAAGAUAACACUUCAAAUAUGGCUGGCUUUGCUGGUCAGUCUUCUCCCACUCCCCUAAUCGAAAAUCAGUAUUGAAUUGGCUGGCUGCCUGUUGGCAGAACCGAAUUCACCGUAUUGUGUUAAAACUUUUAAAUCCUCCUUACUCACUACUGAGGGGAGGGAAGGCCUCGUUUAUGGGAUGGCUUUUGUUCUCAAAGAAUAGCAAAUGUAUUUAAUCCUAUUGGAUGAACCCUUACAAAAAUCUGAUGAGUAUUGAUUGAGCCGUGCAUUUACUUAGGUGCUUCCUCGCUUAACCUCGUUUGCAGAGAGCCAACAUACAGGGGUAGGGGUGGGACCAUCCCUGCUUUAAAGUAUGCAGUUUUGGUUUAGGAACUCCCACAGAAUGUGUUUGUGGCCUAUAAUAAAGAAAUAUGUUAAGAGUAGGAAAUAAAGGUCAGUAAUACCUUCUUAAUGGUGCCAUUGCUAAAGACUUUUGAGCCAUUUUUAUGUAGAUUGUAUUUGUAGGACUGAUGCGAUUUGGGGGCUUUGCCAGUGUUUUUUCACUCUCUAUAUUUUUAUUUGAAAUAUGUCUCUGGGAAUAACUGUGUUGCAAAUAGGAAAUGCAUUGGCUGUUGUGAAAUACUGCUGCACAAGACAGCUCAGGGCAAGAGCUCAGCUAGCCUGUUUCAAUCUGAACUGACAUGCACUCAGUCAGUGGAAUUUACUUGUUUUAUUGGCUGAAUGUAUGCCUUGUAAAGUCCUCAAAAUAGUUUAGAAAUUGAGUGUUUUCUAAUCAGUACACGUAGAAACACUGAACAAACAGCUUAUGAAUGUAGACUGAGAAAAUAAUUGUUCAUCCAAAGGAUAAAGAGGUUCAAAAUUACAAGACAGAAUGAUGCAUGCUAAGAUAUACACUCCAUCCAUUUCCCAAACCCACAUAUUCCUAAUCCGGGCUGCACACACCCAAGUAUCUGGAGCGUGACAGGAGAGUUAUGGGUGCAGGCAGAUAGUAAUUCUUUUGCUAAAUGGAUUAUCUGCCAAUAAAGAUAUUUCUCCCCACCACCUUGCUGUCAUUAGUAGACAGUUAAAAACAUUCCUGUCUAAGAACAGAGUGCUCAUAUUGCACUUUAUGUCCUCUUGAUGAAGGCACAAAAUUAAUAACGUAAGUCUGUCAAACUUUUGUUUUCCCAAAUAAAAUACGAGCAUUAACUUUGGCAUGAAUAGCAUAUGAGUGGCUGUACUUUUAAAAUGGACACUAUCAAACCUGAUAACUCCUAUUCAAGGUUUUGAGUGGCCUACAUCUAACAUGACUGCAUUAGGUGAACUCUUAAUAACUCAUGUACUUGAAGAGAAAUAACUGGUUUUAAAACUUGAACAUUAAAAACAAACUUAGCUAUAAUCAGCAUUUCUGCUGUCUCAGCUUGCAGCAGUGCUUCAGACAUGAGUGAGGCUACACUGAAGUGUCUUUCUCACUACUACUGCAGGGAAGGGACCUCUGAUUAGGGAAUUGUGGGUUUGCUGAGAUAGUAAUGGCACACAUAUUUAAUUCAGCACCCUUAACCCAGCAAGUUAAACUAAAGCUAAUGUUGCAUUACAUGACUUCUAGUUGGAGGGAAUGUCAGACUUGAUGAUUGCAGUUGCUGAUCUCGUCACCCGAGUAUGUGUGAGGGUUGUCAAAUUACCCAAGUGCAUGAGAAUUUUCCAUCACAGUUUUACACUUCCAAAGAAUUGCAUGCUUGCCCAACUCACUGGGGCAAUAAUAUGCUCUCUGAUAGAGUCAAAGGGUUUACAGGUAUGGCGAGAGAAUCUGCAAUUUGGGAUUCCAACACCAACCCCCACUUCAAUACUGUUGUGAUACCUAAAACAGUUUAGUCUCCUGUUUGUGAGCUCCCAAACAACCACAUUCCUUAUACUUUAUUGCUGCAUUAUAUGCAUCCUACUACUACAUUGGUUGUUAGUUGUCAUAAACACAGAGUUUGCUUCUGUGACUUGUUUAAUUUUGAUGGGGCAAGUUGCAGACUAGUUUGACUGAGUCACUGGGUAAGUCAGACUACACAACUAGCUCCAACUCUUUAUGAUUAUGUAAAUGGUGUUUGCGACGGAAACACAGUUGAAAAGGAUGAAAUGUUGCCCUUGCAGCAUUAAGGCAUUUAAGUUACUAGAAGGGGGAUUCUUUCAGUGAAGCAUGUUGUUGCUGCCCAGUGCUUAAGUAGAAUCAAAUCCAGAUACUGUAAUUUCCAAGACAAUUGAAAUAUAUUAAAGCCACAAGUGAUACCCAAUCGCCCCAAAACUAAACUGUUUGUAGAGGGAAGUCAGUUGCUCUGUGCUCGAUUUGUAGAGCAAAGAGUACAAGCAAAUUAAAUAUUGAGACCAAAUAAGUGAUGCGGUGUAUAAAAAUAUUACCCAGGAGUAACCAAAUUUAGUACAGGGAAUAUGUCAACAUCUAUAGAAGUUUAUUUGGUAAAUUAAAAAUCACGGAAUUCUCUCUUGACACAUUUGGGACAUGUGCCUGUCACCCAAGUAUGACAUGGCUUUUACAUUUUGGCCUGUUAAUGUUGACCCAGUACUUGUAUCUGUUAUUAAAUGUCUAGCAAUCGUCAAAACACACAGAAUGCAAGAUCUGUUUUUUCUUGCAUAGAUACAGAUUUGGCGGCUCAAACAUUGUCUAUAAAGUAUGCAACCCCUUGAAUGUUUUCACAUUUUAUUGUUACACUAGCUGUGCUACCUGUUUAAAAUAGAUUGAAAUCUAACUAAUCAAUAUACAAACCAGGGUAUUCAGUGUUCACGUUGGCAUUGCACCAUCUAUUAGAAUAUAUUUAGUAAUGCAUGUAGCAGUAUAAAGCAUUGCUUUUGUCAUGCCAACAGGUGGCACAUCACAAACAUUUUUAAUAAUAAAAUGCAUUACUACAAAUGUUCGUGAUGCUCCAUCUGUUGGAGUGACAGAGACAUAGCAACCAGAUGAAUACACAGAUACAGACAUUUAUCCUUUUAUCAAGGUAGACAACACAGAAUCUCAGUGUAUUUAAUUUGGCUUUUUUGAUGCUGAGCAACAAAAAAAGGAAUCUUUAAUGUCAAAGUGAAAAUUGAUCUUUUCAAAGUGAUUUAAAUUAAUUGCAAAUGUAAAACACAAAAUAAUCGAUUGCAUGAGUAUUCAGUAGUAGUAGUCAGUAUUUAGUAGAUGCACCUUUGGCAGUCAUGACAGUCCUGAGUUUGUGUCCUCUGGUCUAUAUAUAUAUAUAUAUAUAUAUAUACACACAGUAUUUCCUGUUUGUAUUUGCAAAAUUGGUCAAGCUUUGUCAGGUGUCAUGAGACUGUGAGUGAACAGUCUAUCAAGUUCAGAUAAAAAAACCUCAGCUGGAUGUGGAUCUGGACUUUGAAUUGGCCAUUCCAUUAUAUUGUCAUUGUUGUUUGUAAGACAUUCCUGUGUAGUUAUGGCUUUGUUUGGGGUUCUUGUCUUGCUGGAAAAUGAACCGUCCAGUAUGCAGGUUUCUUGCAGACUGUGUCAUGUUUUCCUUUCCUGUAUUUAUUUUUUCUUCAUGAGCCUUGCAGGGCCAGCCAGACUCGGAGCAGACUCUGAUGGCCAAAAAAACUCAAUCAGACCAUAGUGAGCUGACUUCAGAGUUUUCUGUGUGCCUUCUCACAAACUCUUGCUGAGAUGUUGUGCAUGUUUUUUUUUCCCCUCCUUCACCGUAAAUUUUUCUUUGCCAUGCUCCAAUCUUAGCCCACUGUAUCUUGUAACUCCUUCAGAGUUCUCAUAGGUCUCUUGUUGGCCUCCUCACUAAUCUUCAUCUUCUUGUAUGAUCACUCAAGUUUUUGUGAACAGUCUGCUCUAGGCAGAUUUACAUCUGUGCAAUACUCUUUCCAUUUCCUAAGGACAAAUUUAACUAGACAUUCAGUGACAUGGACAUUUUGUCUCUGUCCCCUCCCCUGUACUUAAACUCACUUUUUCAUGACAUUGCUUGGAGUCUCAUUUUUGUCUUCAUUUUGUGAAGUAAGUCAGUAUGGUGACCUUUUAGCAUCUAGGGGCACGUAGACUAAAACCGAUUGAAAUCCCAGACAGGUGGCCUCUUAUUGAACUAUUGCUGUGACUUCUAAAACCAGCUGGUUGCACCUGUGAUUAUUUAGGUGUGUCAUAUUAACACUUAUACAAUCAAUUAUUUGUGUUUAAUAUUUCUAAAUAAUUGGCUGCUUUUCAGAGAUUUGUUCUCACUUUGACAUUAAGUAGUCUUUUUUUUCUGUUGAUCGGUGUAAAAAUGUCAAAUUACAUCCACUGUGACUCAGUGUUGUGUCACAAUAAAAUGUGAAAACUUCCAAAGGAGUAAGUACUUCUUCUUAUAUGUACUGUAUUUGCUCCUUUCCAAUCUUUUGAUUGCUUAAGCAAGUCCCCUGAAUUCAGUGACAUAGUUAACUCGCAUCCAGGUUUACAGUAACUCAUUCCUUUUACCAUAAAAGUUUCAUUUUUAAGCCCACUAAACAUUCAGGCAUAACGUUCUUCCAAAUACGUGGAUAAGAAGGGAAAAUGUUAAACCAUGCAGUGCUGCGGCAGUAUUUUUUAAAUAUGAAAGGCAAGCACAUUAAGUAUGAUAUUACACUUUAAAUAAUCAUGGCAGCUAAUUUUGUAUGGCGAAAACAAAGUAGAUAAGUAAAAUUGUUGCAUACAUACAAACAGAUAUACUGUAUACAAAAUGUUAUAGCAAAGCCAGUUAGUACAAGCUUUGUUUGAUCUCACAAUACAUCUGUUGAAAAGGCCUCAAGUCCACACUGGGGCAAUAUUUGUGAUACUUUUAAUGUCUUAUUUUUUUAUGCCACAUAAAUUGUACAUAUUCCAAAAAAAAAAACAACAAACUGGCAGCUCAUUGACCUAUACCAUUUUCAGUCCUGGAUGGCCACAGUGGUUUUAGGUCUUUGCUACAUGGAAUCUGCACUUUAGAAGACCGUUCCUAAUGUUGGUUAGAUAUACUGUAAUUUAUUUGUUCCAAAGGGGAAAUUAAGACUUUUGUAAACAAGUUGUUUAAUUCUGUGCCUCAUUUAUGCACUAUUCUCUCUGAUGAUGUUGAUUUUGCUUUUCUAAGGGAUAUCAUUAACAUGUAUUAUGGACCAAAGCAGAUCAGCACCUCUUUCCUGGUCCUUCACUUUUUUUUUUUACUACAAGUGUUUAAUGAAAAUUUCAUAAUGAACAUGAAGGUACAAAAGGGACCUCCUUAUCUAAUAAAGCCAGUGCCACAUUACGCGAUUUCUGGCCGUGGCGUAUGUCAUCACCAGAACAUGUUGGCUUAAUGACAUAAACUAGCCGGACAUGUCUACUUCACUGACUGAGUCACGACCUUCCAGCCCUGUCAUGCUCACCCUUUUUUUUUUUUUUUUUUUUUUUGGAACAGUCAAUAACAUGUUGCAUGGUGGAGCCGGUGAACAGGAAGGGUGAACAGGAACAUCUGAGUUCAGCCACAAUUUUUUGCCCCUUAUUCUUUUUCCGUUGUGUCGUAGAAUGUAAAACGACACAUCAGACAGACGCUUCUCUCCUGUUUGUGAGUUUUAAAGUACAUUCCUCGUUUCUGCAUUCUGUGCUUUUUAAUUCAUUGUUUUUCAGCUCCCGAGCUCUCAGAGGCCACCUCUGUGACUAAAGACAAUAUCAUACCUGUUUAAUUUUAAGUUGCUGGGCAUGUUACAUUACAUGACUGGCUUCAGGGGAGGACACCGCCAACUGACUCAGAUUUGUUAACAAUAUGUAAAUGAAUGCUCUGUCUGAAGAUCGCUGGAAAAGUUGUGUUAUUUACCAUGGCCUUAAGAUGUUUGGUAACAGGUUAAGCAAAAAGAAAUUCAAAAUAUGAAAGCAUCAGUUUUAAGAAUUGAAGAAGCAAUAAAGGAUUGUGGAUCUUAUUUGAACUAAAAUUAAGCCAAAAAUAUUUUUGCAUUAGCAGUACUAAUUGGCUUCUCAUUGGAGGGGAGAGGGAAUCUUGACUGGAAUAAAAAUUGUCAAACAAUGUGGACUUUCAAGAUCAAGACUGAGUAUCCUUAUGUUAAUGGCCACCUCAGAAAAAGAAAAUCUGCAAUAUCAGAAAUACCUGACAAUGCAAGAUGAGCAAGAGCUGACAUAGCACUGAAGCAAAUAGCUGGUUUCUUUAACAUUAUGAACUGGUUUAUAAAGUGGAGACUGGUUAAAGCAAAAACCUGCACCAGCCCUACAUGUCCAGGCUGUUACACAAAUGCAAAUACUGUCACCAGUUAAUAACCGUCUUGUGAAGUAGCUCUAGACAAUUGACCUACUUGCACUGCCUCGCACCUAUACUCAAUACAUUUUAGUUUAGGCGUUCAAUAGUCAGAGAAAACCAGCAAGUGAUAGAACUAAAAUGUGAUUGUAAAUGUUCUCUACAAAAAAAAUUUCAUUUCUUAUUAUUUGGAACACGGUAAACCACUGCAGAACUGAUAUAAUUCAUAAGGCUAUAAUUCCCAUCUUUCCUACAUAAAGCAUAGGACUAGAAUCACAAAUGGGGAUUACGGGUUUGUCAUCUGUGUUGGUGUUCGAUUUUUCCAACUACACUGCAUUUUAUCAUUCUGCUUUGUCUUGCAGAAAGUAUGUGUGUAUAUAUAUAUAUAUAUAUAUAUAUAUGUGAGAGAGAGAGAGGUGGGUGUAGACAAGGAUGUUGAAAUGUGUACUCCUGCAAUAGCACAAAACAAAGCACAAUCAUCUGACAUCCUAAACUGUGUGUGCAAGUUAUGACAAGAGGACACAUGUCUGAUCUAGCUCAGUUCUUCACAUUGCACAAGAAGAUUCAGGCUCAGGCCAAGGCAGAAACAAUGUAUAAAGUAUGAAUGGCUGAAGUGGGUGCUUGGAACACAACCUUUUUUUUUUCCUUAUUGUUCAUUUAUAUUUAUUUCAAGACUCUUAAAAUACUUGAAUACGGGGUCACUGGGCAUUUUACUUUCUUACUCAUGUACUGUUGCAGUGUUGCCCUCACUCUACUGUCCAGUGUUGCCAUUUAGCCGCUUAAAGUGGCCAUGUCUGGACUUAAUCAAAAUGUUCGACAAACACAGGAAGAUCUUUCUAAACCACUUUCUACAAUCUUCCUAAUACAGAAAACCUAAAGUCACAGAAACUGGUAAACAUACUUGGUAUUGUUGGUAGAACAAGUCUCAUGUUGUUUUUAAAGAAAUAUACAUCCGAGUUAUAAAUCAGCUGGGAAGACUGCAGAGAUGACUCCUGGUCUAAGACAUUUUUAAACUGUAUCUGUGGUAUGGACCAAAGCACUGUAUCUGGAUGGGUUUACCUUGUCUAUCUAUGUCACAGCUGGGUGGGUGGCCGGCUGGCUGACGGCUUCCAUUUGGUGCCUUGUUAACUAUAUUUCACUAGAGGAAGCGUGAAGUUACAAAUGGACCAAUCCAUUAUCAAUACAUCCUGUUUUUUGUUUUUUUUUUUCAGUCUUUUGACAGGUGUUUUAAUGUUGUAAUUUUCUUUUUUUUUCCCCCCAAAAAAGAUCUGUACAUGAAUACAGACUGUCUUUUACCAGCAAGUUAAAAAUCUACUCUGGAAGUUUUGUAAUAUACUGAACACAUUUGUUUUACAUAAAGAUGUGUUUCUU